CUGGAAAAGCUUAGCAGGUCUGGCAGCAGCUGUGAGGAAAAAGAAAAUCAGAGUUAAUGUUCCUCAGAACAGCGUGGAGUGGAGUCAUAUUGAGGCUCAAACUGAGUAAGAAUGGUCUGUGGAGCUGUGACAAGAAAUGCAAGAACCACAUAUUUCUGUGAGUGCUUGUGUUACAAUUACCACGUGUAUCUAUGUAGCUCCCUGCAUGUACCAAGUGCCUAGAAUCACUUCAUGGAAAUCGAACAUAAGAGAACAUGAACUACAGUCAAAAGGACAACAGCUGCAGAAACGCAGGCUUCCCCCAGGUCCUCCUGCUCUCCCACUACUUGGUAACUUGUUCCAUGUGAAUCUAAAAUCACCCCACAAAUCUCUCAUCAAGCUGAGUGAGCAAUAUGGCCCUGUGUUCACCGUCUGGUUCGGUACCUACCCUGCAGUGGUGCUGUGUGGUUUUGAGACUAUUAAAGAAGCGUUGAUUGAGCGAGGGCAUGACUUUAGCAGUAGGUACCCUAUCCCAGUGCUCCAUAAAGUAUCAGGAGGCCACGGAGUUAUCGCCAGUAAUGGGGAAAGAUGGAAAAAUCUUAGGAGAUUCUCUCUUCGCACCUUCAGGAAUUUUGGAAUGGGGAAAAAAAGCAUUGAAGAGCGGAUUCAGGAAGAAGCACAGUUCCUGGUUAAAACUUUCAGAAAUAAAAAAGAGAGCCCAUUUAGUCCAGAUUUUCUGAUGAGAUGUGCAGCAUCAAAUAUCAUCUGUUCUAUUGUCUUUGGAGAUCGGUUCGAAUAUGGAGAUAAGAAAUUUCUCUCACUACUGGAAAUGAUUGCAGAAAAUGGCCGCAUUUUAAGUAGCCCUUGGGUACAGUUGUACAAUAACUUUCCAAAGAUCAUGGACUUUCUGCCUGGGCCUCACAAAAAGAUCUUCCAAAAUGUAUCAGAUUUGAGUGCAUUUUUGAAUAAAAGUAUUCAAAGUCACAAAGAAAGUUUGCAGAAGGAUUUCUCCAGGGAUUAUAUCGACAGCUUCCUCAUCAAGAUGGAUGAGGAGAAACACAACCUUGAUUCAGAAUUCGAUGACAAGAACUUGUUGAUGACGACAUUGAAUUUAUUCCUGGCUGGAACCGAAACAUCUAGUACAACACUGCGAUGGGCUAUCCAGAUCUUGGCGAAAUAUCCGCACAUUCAGGAGAAAGUUCAUCAAGAGAUUGACGAGGUGAUUGGUUCCUCGCGAUGUCCUGCUAUUGAAGAUCGAGCAAAAAUGCCAUACACAAAUGCUGUCAUACAUGAGGUCCAACGAUAUGUUGACCUUGUUCCCAUGAAUCUUCCACACAUGGCAUCAAAUGAUAUAGAUUUCAGAGGAUAUCUGAUUCCUAAGGGUACAUUUGUGAUUCCUGUACUUUCCUCCGUCCUGAAAUCCACCAGCCAGUGGGAGACACCAAAUUCAUUUAAUCCUAAUCACUUCCUUGAUAAAAAUGGAUGUUUCAAAAAUAGUGAAAGUUUCAUGCCAUUCUCUGCAGGGAAGAGGAAAUGUCUGGGAGAGUCCUUGGCUUGCACGGAAAUCUUCCUUUUUUUGACGACUCUGCUUCAGAACUUUGUCUUCAAACCUGUUAUUGACUGCAAGGAUAUUAACAUCUCAUCGGCUUUCAGUGGAAUCUUGCAGAUACCCCACAUGUACAAGUUUUGUGCUAUUUCUCGUUGUGUGCCAACUUUUCUGAGACGACGCAUGCUCUCAUUUUCUGUAAGGAAGACAAGCAAAGAAACACCGCAGGGUGGCCCAGCGCAGUCUGAACUAACACAGCUUUUAUUGUUCUUCCAGGAACUUUUACUCAUUUCUUCCGCUGUCACCAUGGAUUCAAGCAACCCAGGAACAACAUUGCUUUUAGCUUUGCUAAGUGUCCUGCUUGUUGUAUGGUUUUUUAGAAGCAAACGGCCGCAGUACAGCAGACUUCCUCCAGCUCCUCCUGCCCUCCCGAUUGUCGGCAACUUGUUCCAAAUGGAUAUAAAAGCACCUCACAAAUCUCUCAUCAAGCUGAACGAGCAGUAUGGUCCAGUAUUCACUCUCUGGUUUGGUGGCACCCCUGUAGUGGUGUUGUGUGGCUUUGAGACUCUGAAAGAAGGUUUGAUUGAGAGAGGGUAUGAUUUCAGUGGCAGGUAUCUAUUACCGAUCCUCCAAAAAAUUUCAGCUGGCUAUGGGAUUGGCUUCAGUAAUGGUGAGAGAUGGAAACAACUUCGGAGAUUUUCUCUCAGCACCUUGAAGAACUUUGGAAUGGGAAAAAGAAGCAUUGAAGAGCGGAUUCAAGAAGAAGCACAGUUCUUGGUUACAGCUAUCAGGAACAAACAAGAGAUCCCAUUUAACCCAGAUUUUCUGGUGAGAUGUGCAGUGUCAAACAACAUCUGUUCCAUUGUCUUUGGAGAACGGUUUGAAUAUGAAGAUGAAAGGUUUCUAACAUUGAUGGAAAGAACUGAAGAAAUUAGCCGUGCUUUAAGCAAACCUGGGGUGCAGAUAUACAAUAAUUUCCCAAAGAUCAUGGAUUUCCUGCCUGGGCCUCAUCAAAAGAUAUUCCAAAAUAUAGCAGGCUUGAAAACCUUUGUGAAUCAAAUGAUCCAAAGCCACAGAGAUAGUUUACAGAAAGAUUUCCCCAGGGAUUACAUCGACAGUUUCCUUAACAAGAUGGAUGAGGAGAAACACAACCCCGACUCAGAAUUCACUGAUGAGAAUUUAUUGAUGUCAGUGGUAAAUUUAUUUCUGGCUGGAACUGAAACAACUAGCACAACGCUGCAAUGGGCUAUCCAGAUUCUGGUGAAGUAUCCACAUAUUCAGGAGAAAAUAUAUCAAGAGAUCUGUGAGGUGAUUGGAUCCUGUCGAAGACCUUCUAUUGAAGAUCGAGCAAAAAUGCCUUACACAGAUGCUGUCAUCCAUGAGAUUCAGCGAUACAUUGACCUUGUUCCUAUGAAUCUCCCACGUAUGGCGACAAAAGAUAUAGAAUUCAGAGGAUACCUGAUUCCUAAGGGCACACUUGUGACUACCUUACUUUCCUCAGCACUGAAAGCCACCAGCCAGUGGGAGACUCCAGAAUCCUUUAAUCCAAACCACUUCCUUGAUGAAAAUGGAUGCUUCAAAAAAAGUGAAAGUUUCAUGGCAUUCUCUGCAGGAAAGAGAAUGUGUCUAGGAGCAUCCUUGGCUCGGAUGGAACUCUUUCUUUUUUUGACCACUUUGUUGCAGAACUUUGUCUUUAACUCUGUUAUUGACCACAAGGAUAUUGAUAUAUCACCAGCUACUAGUGGGAUCAUGGUUAUACCCCAUGUGUACGAAUUCUGUGCCAUUUCUCGUUAAAUAAUUUAGUAUCUCAAUAAAUAAUUUUUGCGGGUGAAAUAAGAAAAAAGAAGAUUCCCAAGCCUACCUAUGGAAGCAGUGUAUUUUGAAUUUAUGAAUUUUAAAUGCACCCUAAAUUUCAAUACCCAAAAUCAGUUCCUUGUAAUGGUGCAUAUUAUUUUUAAGCCGCCUGUAUAAUAACAGUAGUUGAGAUGUAGUUUUGUUAUUAUGUUUUAUCAAAUUUCCUUUUGAUUUUUUUCAAUCACAUUUUGAAUUUUGCUCCCAGCACAACUGAAAUCGUAAUUCAUACUUAUUUACAUCUUGAUUUAAUUUCUCUAAUAUUGUUCCCACCUGUAUUUCAUCCUCAGCAUCCUUAAACAUUGAGUCCACAUCUCUAGUACCCUGUAGUUGGCUGGACAGCUGGUUUGCAAUGCAGAGUGACACCAAAAGUGUGGGUCAGUUCCCACACUAGGGCUCUCCUUUUUAACUUCUCCCCUCACCUGAGGCAUGUGACCCUCAGGUUAAACCACUACCAGCUAUCUCCUUCUAAUGAGAGAGCAGCCGUAUGGUCUGAGUGACUUUACCUUUGUUCAAAGUAAAGAGGCUUUAGUCAUACAGAAAUUAAAACUUGCUGCUUUUUUUUCUGGUCAUUUUGUGAAAAAUAAUUUUGCCACCUUUUGAAAUGCCACAAAAUCACCAUCAUAGUAUAUUAUUCAAAAUGAGAGUUGAGUAUUUCAAGGACGAGUCCAUGCUGUCUUUGGUUCUGCUUUCAAAGAUCAUUUGUUUUGAUUGGUAAUUUGUGGCUUUCAUGGAAAAAAAAUGAAAUUGUGGUAUAAAAUAAGCUUGGGUAAGAAUCCUGUACUUCCAUUUAUAUAGAACAUAAUUUUUCUAAUCAGUUACUAUUAACCAUGAAGUUCCUCUAAAUUAUGAAGAAUGAAAAUUUAGAUUCCUCUGGUAUGACCAUCUAGCUGGUCUGUCUAAUUAUCACUUUGGUAUUUAAAAGACUGAAAAUCCUUCACAUUUUUAUGUACUCCAUAUAUAGUACAAGGGAGAAACGUUGAGUUCAUCAAUAGCUUGAGUUACAAAGCCACAUGAUGAUCAGGACUUUUCUGGGUUGUCUGCUAUUUUUUCAUCUUAAGUUUUGCAAGUUUUCUAAGUUGCCACAUACAUUCCCUGAAAUGGAACAAAACAAGCCACAAGGUGACUCAUUUCCUGGCUUGGAGUUUCCCUAUAUUUCUGAUCUGAAAUAUAGUCUGAAGAGCAAUUCCUUUCAACAAUCACAGACUUGCGUUACUGAACUGCUUUGUUGCUUUUUCAAUUGAGUAGUUAAUUCCUCUGAUUAUAAGCAAAGUAAAAGCUUAAUUGUUGUAGUGGAUCUUUAGUAGUGCCUAGCAUUGCUAUUUCUAAAGUGAACUCUGCUCUAAUUCAAUGAAAAUUAAUUUUCUUUCUCCCUUGCUUGCGGACAGCUCUGAGUAUUGAGAUAACAUCGUGUGGAGCUAGAGGAACACAGCAGGCCAAGCAGCAUCAGAACAGCAGGAAAGUUGACGUUUUGAGUUGGGACCCUUCUUCAGAAAAAGAAUCCCGACCUGAAACGUCAACUUUCCUGCUCCUCUGAUGCUGCCUGGCCUGCUGUGUUCCUCCAGCUCCACACUUAUCUUUGACUCUAGCAUCUGCAGUUCUUGCUAUCUCUGAGUAUCAGAUUGCAGUCUUUAUUGCUCCAACUGGAACCUUUCUGCAUUCCACUACCCAGAAAUAACCCUGCUUUACAUUUUUAAGUAUUCUGCUCAUUAUGUGGUUUCUUAAAAACAAACAACCUGAGAAAAGGCAGGCUCCCCACAAGUCUCGUACCCUCUCAAUUCUUAGCAAUAUGUUCCAAAUGGAUAGGAAAGCUUCUCGCAUGUCUCUCUCAUUAAGGUAAGGAAUGCAUCAUUCAUUUUCAUUUGCUAAAUACUGUAGAGGUCUACUUUUCAACAUUUUGCCCUCUUCUCAAAGCUUUGACUCAGCCUGGAGCAUAAACUCAUGGUGUCUGGACGCCCUGGGAAUCUCAUACAAAUCCAGCCUAACAGUUUUAGAAUAGGUUUUUGUAAGUGUCAGUGAUUUACUCAAAGGAGACUCACAGCCAAACCAAAUAUUAUCUUUAAUCAAUAUCAAAACAUGUUUUUGUUUCAGCUAACAUUACUUAAUAACAUUCCUGUCACUAUUCAACUAAGAUUAUCUGAUCUGGACAGUCCAACGAUACAAGUUUGAACCUUUCUAUGUCCCUGUGACCCAGUACAUAGGCUACAGUUACACACUUAGCUUUCAAAGUGCUUUACUUCCCUAAAAGUCUCAAAUGCUGGGGACACUGUUGUCUAUCAUUGGAGUUCUGCAAUGGUUCAAGUUAAUGCUCUGGGGGCAUGGAUUCAAAUACCAACAUGGCAGCUGGUGAAAUUUAAAAUUCAAUUAGUACAUUUGGAGCAUAAAGGUAAAGCUAAUCUCAUUAAUGGUGACCAUUGUGAUGAUGCUUUCACUUUGAGGUUAUUGUGUCCUGUUUUUUUUUUGAAGAGUGGUUGUAAGGCAGAGGCGCUAAACUGUCUGGAAGAAAAUAAAGAAUUUGAGACAUUGGGGUUUUUAAAAAAACUUGGAACAGUGGAAGCAGCCUGGGUGUGGUCAGCUCUUGCAGAUCAGGCUUUCUAGUUUUUGUUUAUUUUUAGUUUUAGUAAGGAGCUGUUUGGAAUCUCAAAAGAGUUGGAAGCUUCAGUGAAUGUCCUGUAGCUGCUAUUUUCUCUGAAUCUUCUCAAUGUUUUUUCCCUCUCUUGGGUUGGAGAACUGAAUGUGAGAAUCUACGUCUGAAUCUGCCUUGUUGCUAAGGGGUGCGUUUACGGGACGUUACUCUAUUCGAACAGUUAAGUAGUAAUGGGUAUUGUAUCUAAUAUUCGGUUAAGUUUUCCAAUUAUUAAGUAAUUCUAAAUUCUUCUUUCUCUUGUCUGGAUUUUAACAAUGGUGUUUAAAUAAAUGUUUUGCUUAGCGUCUAAUAGUCUGACUGGCCGCAUUGCAUCUGGAACACAGCACUUCACAUUUGCCUUAAAGUUAGGGCCUAGGCUACCUUCUUAAAAUAUUUUGAGGGGUUUUAGAAUAGAUUUGUAGCUCAAGAUGUGGAUGUUGUGGUUGGUUGGCUCGCUGAGCUGAUUCAUUGUUCUGCAGACGUUUCAUUACCCUGUUGGGUAAUGAAAUGUCUGCGGAACAACGAACCAGCUUGGCGAGCCAACUAACCACAAUAUUUUGAGGGGGUCUGGUCUGGUCCAUAAUACCAUGGUAAUAAUCAUCAAAUGUUGUAAACAUCUACCUGGUUUACUAAUGUUCUUUAGAGAAAUUUUCUAUCUGUACCUGUUCUGACCUAUGUGACAUACAAGCAUCAUCCGACCGUUUGUGACUUCAAGGAGCCUAAGUAAAGUUCAAGACAGUAGGAGUUGGGGAGAAAAUGUCCCUAGCGCAAAUGGAACUCUUCCUUUUCUUUAACCCUGCUAUCAACCGAAAGGGAAGUAAUAUCUCACUGAUUAUAAGAGGUUUAUUGGUUGUGCCAAAUGAUUGAGUUCUGUGCCAUAUCUUGCCAAAAUAAACUUGGACAUUAAUUCACUGA